AUGAAGACGGCACCCGCGAUCCGACCGAGGCUGUUUGUGAGGGCCACGACAGCUGCGAGCGUGGUGACGACAAAGAGCAAUGCAGCAUACACCUUUGCGCUGCGAUCAAAGGUCCAGUGGCCCGGAUGGACGAGGAGCCCCAGGGAGAAGGCGCCGAGAAUGUUUGAGAUGGAGGAACCGACGACAUUGCCGACGGCCAGAGACGAGCGGCGUUGGAGGAUCGCGGCCAAAACAACGGCCAGCUGCAGAGCAAAUUAG